GGAAGCACCAGUUGAAGGAGCGGCAGCAACGCAGCCCCAUAUCCCCUCGCGCAGACGUGCCAUUUUGGUGACUUGGUGCCUGUUGGGUGUGUAGCCGUUGGGAGGCCUGGCCUUUUCCCUCCAGCGGGUAAUUGGGUGCGGAGGGGGGGCGAGAUCUCACCUGGAGAGAUGUCUCUGCCCUCCAUCUAUCAGCACAAGUUCGCGGAGAAGCUGACGAUCCUCAAUGACAGGGGGAAGGGCGUCCUCAUCCGCAUGUACAACAUCAAGAAGACGUGCUCAGACCCCAGGUCCAAACCCCCCUUCUUCACCGAGAAGACCAUGGAGCCGUCCAUCAAAUACAUCAACAAGAAGUUCCCAAAUGUGGACGCACGGAGCAGCACGCAACACCUGGGCCCGGUGCACAAGGAGAAGGCAGAGAUCAUCAAAGUGCUCAAUAGCUACUACCAGUCCUUCGUGGACGUGAUGGAGUUCCGGGACCAUGUGUACGAGCUGCUGAACACCAUCGAUGCCAGCCAGUGCUACUUCGACAUCCAUGUGAACUACGACCUCACCAAGAACUACCUGGACCUGGUAGUGACCUACACGUCUGUCAUCCUGUUGCUGUCGCGCAUCGAGGACCGCAAAGCCCUGAUUGGGAUGUACAACUGCGCCCACGAGAUGAUCCAGGGCAGCGGCGACCCCAGCUAUGCCCGGCUGGCACAGAUGGUGCUGGAGUACGAUGCCCCACUCAAGAAACUCACAGAGGAGUUCGGGCCUCACACCAAGGCCGUGACCAGCGCCCUCCUGUCUCUCCAUUUCCUCUUUGCCCGGAGGAACCAGUCGGCCGAGCAGUGGCGCAGUGACCAGCUCCUGAGCCUGAUCAGCAACUCGGCCGCCAUGCUGAGCCCGGCCAGCUCGGACGUCAUGGCCUGCGAGUACCUGUCGCUGGAGGUGAUCGAGCGCUGGAUACUGAUUGGCUUCCUUCUGUGCCACGGCUGCCUGAGCACGAACCCGCAGUGCCUGGAGCUGUGGAAGCUGGGCCUGCAGGGCUCGCUCUACAUCAGCCUCAUCCGCGACGACGCCCUGCAGAUCCACAAGGUCACUGAGGAGUUCUUCGGCAGUCUGAAAGGGUAUGGGAAGCGGGUGGCUGAUAUCAAGGAGUGCAAGGAGCAUGCUGUGGCGCACAGUGGCCAGCUGCACCGGAACCGGCGGGCUUUCCUACGCAACGCGGUGCGGGAGCUGGAGGCGCUGCUGAGCGACCAGCCCGGGCUGCUGGGCCCCAAGGCUCUCUGCGUCUUCAUGUCGCUCUCCUUGUGCCGUGACGAGGUGAACUGGCUGGUGCGUCAUGCUGAGCAUGUCACCAAGACCAAGACCCCUGAGGACUACGUUGACAGUCACAUCGCCGAGCUGCUCUUCCUCAUGGAGCAGCUGCGUACCCUCGUGCACAGGCAUGGCCCAGUGAUCCAGCGCUACCACGUCCAGUACCUGGCUCGCUUUGACGCCCUGCUGCUCAGCGAUAUCAUCCAGAAUCUGACCGUCUGCCCCGAGGAGAAGUCCAUCAUCAUGUCGUCCUUCGUCAGCACCCUGUCGUCUCUCACUCUGAAACAAGUGGACAAAAAGGAGAAGUUCGACUUCUCUGGGCUUCGCCUGGACUGGUUCCGGCUGCAGGCUUACACCAGUGUGGCCAAGGCCCCCAUGCAGCUGCGCGAGAGCACGGAUGUGGGCCGUGUGAUGAACCUCAUCAUGUUCCACUCCAAGAUGCUGGACUCACUGGAGGAGUUGGUAGUGGAGACUUCGGACCUGUCGGCCUUGUGUUUCUACGUCCGCCCCUUUGAGAAGCUGUUUGCUCUGACCAUGGAGGAGCCGGCCAUGCUGCGCUUCACCAUCGCCUUCCCGCUUGUCUGCAGCCACUUUGUUCACUGCACCCACUCCAUGUGUCCAGAGGAGUAUCCCCACCUGAAGAGCUGCAGCCUGGGUCUGUGCAACAACUUCCUAGAGGAGAUCGCCAAGCAGGCUGCCAACUGCAUCAUGGACGCAUGUGCCGAGCAGCGCAAACUCAGUGAGCAGCUGCUGCCCAAACAUUGCGCCUCCACCAUCAGCAAGGCCCGGAACAAGAAGGCCCAGAAGCAGCCCCCCAAGAAGGGGGAGCCGGAGCGGGACAAGCCGGGGGCCGAGAGCCAGAGGAAGGACCGGAUCGUGGUGACCAACAUGGACAAGCUGCACCAGAUGCUGAGCGAGCUCUCCCUGAGCGUCAACCACAUCCCCAGCUUCACCGUGUUCGAGCACAUGAUCACGCCGGCCGAAUACCUCAGCAGCCACCUGGAGACGCGGCUCAACAGAUCUUUUGUGUGGAUGGCCAACUACAACCAGACUACGCAGGAGAUUGCACGGCCCUCUGAGGUGCUGGCCAGCCUGCGCUCCUACCUCGCCUUCAUCCAGUCGUUGGGGCAGUUCACGUGCAUGGACUCCAGCCGCAUCAUCCGCAACGUCCUGCUUCAGCAGACACAGCCCCUGGACUCCAGCGGGGAGCAGACUCUCACCACCAUCUACACCAACUGGUACCUGGAGGCGCUGCUGCGCCAGGCCAGCACUGGGGCCAUUGUGCUGUCCCCCGCCAUGCAGGCCUUCAUCAGUGUCCCCAGGGAGGGGGAGCAGAGCUUCAGUGCAGAGGAGUUCUCAGACAUCUCAGAGAUGCGGGCGCUGGCUGAGCUGCUGGGUCCCUACGGCAUGAAGUUCCUGAGCGACAACCUCAUGUGGCACGUCACCUCGCAGGUGGUGGAGCUGAAGGUAGGAGGCUGGGGCGGGAGGAGCCACUGCUGGCUGCACUCAACUCCCCAGGGUUACGGGCAGGCAGCGGGAGUCAGUGCUUAG